UAAUCAUCAUCAUCAUGUGGAGAGAGAGAAGAGAGAGAGAGGGAGGGAGAGAGAGAGAGAGAGAGAGAGAGAGAGAGAGAGGAGUAUAUCAGAAGUCUCAGAGCUUCAAAUGCUUCGCCGAUUCCGAUAAAUGCAUGACACGAGAAGAAGAAGAUGAAGACGAAGAAGAAAUCAAAAGAAAAUCUCUGAUGGCCUAAUAGCUUUAGCUGAGGGAUACUGAGAGAGCAAGAACUAAUGGGUCCUUCUGGGUCGACUCCAGCUUUGCUGCAUUUGGGCUGAGCUUUUCACGGGGGAGAGAGUGAGACCCAGGAACAUAUUGCAAAUUUACUCAGAAAUGGUUCGGGACUCUGAAGAUGCAAAUUUACCCGACCCCCUUGCGAACCCUCUAUGAUUGAUACUUUGAGCUCUGAUGGCUGAUUCUUCCUCCGAGUUCUACUUCCAUUCUGAUAUUUUUGGCCUGAGACACAUCAGCAGUUCAUUACCGAGCAUCCCAAGUCCGUUUGUCGGUUUAAGUACAAAAGGUCCCUCGGAUUCUGACUCAGUUCGGAGCCCGACUUCUCCUCUUGACUUCAAGCUCUUUUCCAACCUCAGCAACUCAUUCAAUCACAAGUCACCAAGAUCAAACGGGCCUCACAAGAAGUGGGACUGCUCUGAAGUUGGCCUUGGCAUCGUUAACUCGAUAGCCAACGAAGUCAACUCUAGUGAUGAUACUCCCGUUUUGCAGCAUAAGCAUAUUAUCUUUGGACGCCAGGUGAAGAACAUUGGGGAUUUUGAUCUGAAUUACCAAUGCUCACGGUUUCAUCCCGUUAAAUCUAAUUCCUUGCCCAGAAACUACACUGUCUUGCCUCAAAGAAAGGUCAGGUCGCCAGAGCCUGUUUUGUGUAGCACAAAUGUCUCUUUUCGGAACGGAGAAUUCCCUUUAAAACCGGAACUGUUGAGAAGCCGUUCCCUAGAUACUGGUAAAUCUUUCUCCUCCAUUGAAAAGCCAAGUUCCAAUUGCUUGCAUUCAGAAAAGUUAGCUACAAGGACAAUUUCGGAGAAACCUUUGGAAGUUAAGGAGAGUUCUCUUCCAAUUCCUGUUGGCAGUAGCAACGGAAGUUUGGGCUCUCUUUCUGCAGGAGAAAUAGAAUUGUCUGAGGACUAUACAUGCAUCAUAUCCUAUGGUCCAAACUCGAAAACAACCCAUAUCUUUGGCGACUGCAUUUUGGAGUAUUUCACAAGCAGCAAUUCGUCUGAUUUGAAAAAGGAAGAACAGGGAACAGAAACGACUACAGUACUGGAGUCCAGCAGGAAAGCAGACUCUCACCCUUCUGAGGAACCGUCGAGGUUCUGUUACUUGUGCAACAGAGAACUCAGGGGAAGAGAGGAAGUUUACACCGAUGGAUUCGAGAAAGCAUUCUGCAGCAGUGAAUGCCAGUCCAAGACCACAGAGCAAAUUGAUAAGCAUUCCUCGGAAAAUUCGUCAGAAUUGAUCGACCAUGAAAAUCUCUUCUUAAUGGGUACUCCAUUUGCAACUUAAUAAGUCACAAUAACUGCUCCCCACCAGCUCCUACUGCAAUGACUCUUCCAUGCCCUCGCCGAAAUAAAGUACGGGUAGGAGAAGAGCUGUUUCUUUGCGUUAGUUGCAGCCAUGGCGAGCGAGGGUAUAGAGUUUCUUUCCAUAGCGGGGACUUAAGUUAUAUCUGCCGGUGCUAUUGCGAGUCGAUGGGUAGAAGUGGCCGAAAGCCCUCACUCACCAAAAUGGUUUCUUUUUCUGAUGUUUCAUCUCUUUUUCCCGGCCAUUUGCCCGAUAUGAGGUCAUGUUGAGGUUUCUGAAUAUAUUCAAGAUCUUGUGGACGCUGCCAGUACUCUUUCCAUGGAUAAAAGAAUUCUCUUCUGCUGA